GCGCGGAAACUGAGAGAGUCAUCGGCAUGAUAUGCAACAAAAACGGAGACUGUAGAAGAGACCCGACCAGCUCCGGGAGUCUCUCCUCGCUCAUCCCCCGGCAGGUGGAUGGAGGGGUAGCGGCUGAGGACGGCAGGUGUCCAACCAUGGACGGAACCGCCCCGGGGUCCCUGAGCCAGGGCUCCGAGGUCAAGACCGUGGAGGAGAGGAAGGACCCCAGAGUUUCCUUCUCGAACCCUGCGAGUCACAAAGGGCAGACUCCGAGUCAGCACUCAAGGACUUCGGUCACUUUCAGCAAGGCGGAGGAGAUGGCGGCGGACGAUGGCGAGUCCCGGGGGAAUCAAACCUACAUGCAGCGGCAGUUCAGCGCCAUGCUCCAGCCUGGGGUCAACAAAUUCUCCCUGCGCAUGUUCGGCAGCCAGAAGGCGGUGGAGAAGGAGCAGGAGCGGGUCAAGUCUGCCGGGAACUGGAUCAUCCAUCCUUACAGUGACUUCAGGUUCUACUGGGACUUCUCUAUGCUCAUGUUUAUGGUGGGCAACCUCAUCAUCAUCCCAGUGGGCAUCACCUUCUUCAAGGAUGAGACCACCACACCCUGGAUCAUCUUCAACGUGGUGUCGGACACCUUCUUCCUCAUGGACCUGGUGCUGAACUUCAGAACUGGCAUCGUGUUUGAAGACAACACCGAGAUCAUCUUGGACCCCAAAAAGAUCAAGAUGAAAUACUUGAAGAGCUGGUUCGUGGUGGACUUCGUCUCGUCCAUACCCGUGGAUUAUUUCUUCCUCAUCGUGGAGAAAGGGAUCGACUCGGAGGUGUACAAGACAGCACGGGCGCUGCGCAUAGUCCGCUUCACCAAAAUCCUCAGCCUGCUGCGCCUGCUCAGGUUGUCCCGACUGAUCCGCUACAUCCACCAGUGGGAGGAGAUCUUCCACAUGACCUAUGACCUGGCCAGUGCUGUGAUGAGAAUCUUCAACCUGAUCGGAAUGAUGCUGCUUCUGUGUCACUGGGAUGGCUGCCUGCAGUUCCUAGUCCCCAUGUUGCAGGACUUCCCAUCGGAUUGCUGGGUGUCCCUCAACAAGAUGGUGAACGACUCGUGGAGUGAGCUCUAUUCCUUCGCCCUGUUCAAGGCCAUGAGUCACAUGCUGUGCAUCGGUUAUGGAAGACAAGCCCCCGAGAGCAUGUCGGACAUCUGGCUGACCAUGCUCAGUAUGAUUGUGGGCGCCACCUGCUAUGCCAUGUUCAUUGGGCACGCCACCGCACUCAUCCAGUCUCUGGACUCAUCCAGGCGCCAGUAUCAGGAGAAGUACAAGCAAGUGGAGCAGUACAUGUCGUUCCACAAACUUCCUGCAGACUUCCGCCAGAAAAUCCACGACUACUACGAACACAGAUACCAGGGCAAGAUGUUUGAUGAGGAGAACAUCCUGGAGGAGCUUAAUGAGCCUUUGCGAGAGGAAAUCGUCAACUUCAACUGCCGCAAACUGGUGGCCUCCAUGCCGCUGUUCGCCAACGCCGACCCGAACUUUGUGACAGCCAUGUUGACCAAGCUGAGGUUCGAGGUCUUCCAGCCGCUCGACUACAUCAUCCGAGAGGGAACCAUCGGCAAGAAGAUGUACUUCAUCCAGCACGGCGUGGUGAGCGUCCUGACCAAAGGAAACAUCAGCAUGAAGUUGAUGGACGGCUCCUACUUUGGAGAGAUCUGUCUGCUGACCCGUGGCAGGCGGACAGCCAGUGUGCGAGCAGACACCUACUGUCGCCUCUACUCCCUCUCUGUGGAUAAUUUUAAUGAAGUGCUGGAGGAGUACCCAAUGAUGAGGAGGGCCUUUGAGACCGUUGCCAUCGACAGGUUGGACAGAAUAGGCAAGAAGAACUCCAUCCUGAUGCACAAAGUUCAGCACGAUCUGAACUCCGGGGUCUUUAACAACCGUGAGAACGAGAUGAUCCAGGAGAUUGUGAAAUACGACAGAGAAAUGGUCCAGCAGGUUGACGUUCCUCGACCACGUGCCAUGUCCAUGACACCGUCUCUGCACAGUGGGAUCUACACACCGUCAGGUUCCUCAGCGCAGCUGCCAAACUCUGCCAUUGCCACGCUGCAGCAGGCCGUGGCCAUGAGUCUCUGUUCCUCCAUGCAAGGGAACCCUGUAGGAUCCGGAACUCUUCAGUCUCCAAGGAUGGUGAGAAAGUUCCAGAUGAUGCAAACAAUGUCAAGCCAGGCCUCUCCACUGCAGUCACAGCUUCUUGCUUCAGGUGCAAUUGCACCACUUAUUUCCAGCCCCUCUGUCCAGAGUCCACUUGCAGCGGGAGGUCGAUCCUUCCAGUAUGGCUCCAGUGGUCCCACCUCUGGAUCCCAGCUCUCUCUAGCCCAGCAGCAGUUGUCAAGCCCAGCACAUCGACCCAGCUCACACAAAAGCACACAUUCUCUGUACAUGGGAAGUCUGAGCCAAGACGCCCGAGCGCUGUCAGCCUCUCAGCCCUCACUGCCUCACGAUGGCCUACAGCCUGCCGCCCCCAGUCCUCCCAACUCCACACGAGUUUCCUCCACCUCCAUCGGACCUCCCCAGACUGGACAGACCGUUGUCCGCACUGCGGUACCUCACAGGGUGGCGUUGCCCCACCAGAUGUCUGUCGGAGCCUUUCCCGAGCCAGCCUUGCCCAUUCAGGGUUUUGCGGGGUUGGCAGUAGGGGGAGCUGUUCCUGACUCUCGGUUACCUAAGAAGGACUCCAUUGUGAGCCUUCCAGAGACAGACCAGAUCAGAAUAAGAUCCAGGCUAUCCUCAAACUUGUGAGAGGGACUGGACUGCAGACACUUUGCAGAGUUUUCUCUCCGGACGUUCUCUUUACGAAGUUUUGUUUGACUAUUCGAAUGUAGGAAAGGUAGAUGCAGUUGGACCUGGAUUCUGAGACAAUAGCUUUGCAGAUGCCCUGUUCAUGAGUCAUGAUGUUUUAGCCUGCGUCAUUCUAGAGAACUGUCCUCCGGUGAUGAAAGUAACUGUCAAAAUAGACCCGUGGCCAUUUACUUUAAUGUUCGUCAUAACUAAUAUCUCAGUAUGGCUUAUCAUAAUAACGUGCUAAAAAUAGAACUCACUGCCAGAGCAGAUGCUUUGCAUCCUUUGAUUACCUAAACCCACAAUGUUAUACAAUGUACUUACACUGUACUUACUGCCUUUUCUACUGCCAUUCUGCCUUCCAAGUGCCCCAAGUGAGCAGCAGCCAGAUGAAUAGAAGCCUUAACAGGCUCAUUCGUGAUAAACUUUUUUAUUGUAAACCAUUGAAAAACAUGUCCAUUUGUUUAGCGAGGAAGUUGUUAACCUACUAGAGAAUGGGCAAUUCUCUAGAAUGACACCACAGAGGAAUAUCGGCGUUGCCACCUACUCCAUUAGACAAAUCUUAAUUUUAAAGUACAUCCCCUGGAUAUUCUUUUUCGAACGAUAUCAUUUACGACAACAACUCUCCCUCUAAACAACUAUCAUAGUUUGUAUGUCUAAAAUGUUUGCCCUCCGCAUCGCACGUCUGGCACCAUUCAUAAUCGUAACAGAUCACAAGGCUGAGCCCGAGGCUGGUUUUCGCCACGCUUGUGAUUGGUGUCAGAACUGGGUGUUAACCUGAAGCCACUGCACUUAGUCUGUUGAUGAAUGUUAUGAACAACAUGUGAAGGAGAGGUGAGUAGCUUCGCGACAGUUUUAUAGUAGCUCAUUUUCAUCCAAAGACUUUUGAUGGAAUUCUUUUGAGUUAGAUUGGAUUUUUAGUUAGAUGCGAAGAUAAAUAAUCUUUGGUGUCUUUAUUUAGGAUGUAAAUAAGUGAGCAUUAUAAGGUCAAGGGGGAUGGAAAUGAACCCUAUAUAACCCCCACAUUUAAUCUGUGGCAUUGCUGAAGCCAAAAUUGUUCAUGAAAUUUGCUUCCAAAAAUAAAAAAGUGGUCCAGAAAAGAAAAAAAGAAGUUGCGAUCGACUGUGGAUUAUGUGCAGGAAAAACAAAUUCCUCUUUCGUAAAAUGGUUACUGCUGUUAUUUAUGUGAAAUGAAAAUGCAGAUAUGUAAAGAUGUCGGAAUAUCGGAAUGAAUUUGGCUUGUUCCGAUACCAACGCUGGCGGCCAUUUACACUGCCGUCUCUGAGCUUGAGCUGGGUUUUAUGUGACUGAACAUGUUUACUCCACGUGACACGACCAUAACAAACAUGAGACAUAUAAGGAGCAGCACAUUCUGUGCCAGGUGUGAUGCAUCCUUCUCGGCUUCCUGUUUUGAAUGAUAAUUUUGAUUACAAUGAGGAAUGUGAUGGCGACGUGUGUUGUCUUCUGUCCUUCAUGAGCGCUUGUACUUGUUAUGUAUUACUGUUUUUUAUUUUAAAAUAUUUAUGCAGAAACACAUUUUUUUUAUGGAACACUUUUUUAUUAAUCGAAUGUCAUGUUUUUUGAAAGGA